UAAAAGGCAUAUAUUGUUGUUAUAAUUCAUAUAUUUCGUGUUAAAAUAUUAUAGAAAUUUAUUGAAAUUGUUAAUACAUAUUUAAUAAUUUAUUAUGAAUAUCGCUCGCAAGGUCUCUUCAAUAAUACCGUAUCACAAUGCGCGGAAAAAUGUGUACCGAAAAUUUCGUUUUUCUGCUUCAAAUUUCGACUCCUCGGCUCAAUCACAACCGCAAGUUAGGGAAGAGAAGUAUGAUUUCGAAGAUUUAAAAGUUUUAGAGCGCGUUGAGCGCCGAAAAGCCCAAAUUUCGCCAUUUAUGAAAGAUGUUUUCAUGUCGAUUUUCAAUAGAGAUUUACUCGCAUAUCCCGAAAUUUUAAACAAAGAAGAAUCUGCGGCUUUAGACAACAGAGUUGCGGCUUUAGAAAGCGUGUUUUCUGAUCCUAAAAAAACAAAAGACGAUCGUAGAAAUGCGUUAAUACAAACAGGGAUGUACGGCGCCCCGGCAAGCCUUACAAAUGGUGGCCUGGCGAUGAAUUACACAGAAAGUUUGCGGUAUUUAGAUGUGAUAUCAACAGAUCUAGAACUAGGACUAGAGUUAAGUGACCAUUGGGUUUCUUUAAAUGUUCUUAAAUUGGGUUUAAAUGCAGAUGUUUAUCAGAAGUUAGUUAAUGACCUAACAUCUGGGGAAGAAACUAUUAGUAUAUGUAUAAGAGAGAAAAUUCCGGAAAGGUUGAUGCAAGCUGAUUUCAGAACUACAGCCGAAAUGGAUGGGAAGGGUGUAUGGCAUUUAAAUGGUGAAAAGAUAUGCACGAAUUCGACCGGUUACUUACUCGUCCUGUGUCUCGUGGAGGAGACAAGGUUCAAGGCAUUCCUUGUUCAUCCGAGAGCGAAUGGAAUUAGCAGCAACAAGAACUUUGUCACAUUCAGACAGACACCUGCCACCCCCUUAGACGAGAUCACAGAGGAAGCGUUGUCACAAACACUUGCAGCAUCCCGUCUCUACACGGCCACACUGUGUAGGAACAGUCUCAUGAAAUCCUUGCACACUUGCUUGGAGUAUAUAAAACCAAGGUACUUUUCAGGUAAACCGCUCACCGAAGUUCCGACGAUCCGCGCCAUCAUAGGCGACACUCUGCUCAAGCAGUACGCCAGCGAGAGCGCCGAGUACUUCACCGCCGGCAUACUCGACGGCUACCUGCAGCCCGACGCCGAACUCGAGAUGGCAAUGUGCAGAAACUUCAUCGCAAAUCACGCUCAGAACCAGCUGCUGCAACUCCUCGCGAUACCGGGAAUGGAGAUGCAGGAUCGAUGUCUGGAGCUGAUGGAAGAGAUGAGGCUCCUGACGUUGAGGGGCGAGAACACGGACAACAUUAAUAUGUACAUAGCGCUAAAUGGGAUACAUCACGCCGGUAAAUCGAUGGCGACCGAAAUUAAACAGAUGCGGAAUCCGAUGUUUAAUCCUUCGUUUAUUUUUAAGAAAAUUCUGACAGACAGACAUCAGGAGAGAGAUAAUCCGAAGCUGGACCUCUAUUUAUCGGAACAUCUGCAUCCAACGCUCAAACAGUCUGCCGAGAAGCUGGAGUACUGCGUGCUGAGGAUGCGUUUCACCUGCGAGACCUUGAUGAGCAGACACGGCCAGGAAAUAGGGAACGCGUUCACAGAAUUAACAAGACUCGCCGAAGCGGCCACUGAAAUUUUAGCCAUGACCGCCGUGUUGGCCAGAGCGUCCAGAGCGUACUGCAUCGGUCUGCGUAACAGCGAACUAGAGAUGAAACUGUCCUCGUGUUUCGUCGAGAAGUCCAAGGAGAGAGUGCAGAAGCUUCUAUUAGAAGUCAACGAUGGGGAGUACUUGAACAUGGACCACUUCCGGAUCCAGUUCGGAAAGAAGGUUCUGGAUAAUAAGGACGUUAUCGUCGAAAAACCAACGGCUAGAGUUUUUUGGUAAAAUAAACUUUGUUAAA